AUGGAGUCUCAGGACGACUCCGACAGGUUGUGGGAAAGCCGCAGACCACGGCUACACCUCUCGAGUCUAGGAGUGAGAUAUCAUCGUACAGUCGUUGUACGUCUCACGCUCAGCGUAGAGAAAAGCCGGCUAGAGUUUCCGUUUGGGGGCGAUGCCGGCGAGUUUCAAGAUGCAGAGACGGACAGGUGCUUCUUCUUGGUUCAGUAUCUGCUCGACAUAGGUGGCAUUGCCUGGGAAAACCUUAUCCACGCUGGCUGCAAUGACAUCCCCGCAAACCUUGCAAGCAGUGCCGCCCAUCCCUUCGCUUGCGGAGUCGAGCGGGUCGUCUGGAUGGCCUUUCUGGUCAUGGCCACUCUUGUAGAAGGCUACUUCCUCUUCAUUCUUCAGAGCUACUGUCAGGACGUGGUCGUACACUUGCCCACCAAGGCGUUUGGUGACCUGUACGAAAAAUCAGAGGCUCACAUCCUCAAGAAGCACUUGAACCCCUACAACCAUCUCUACGGUGCCUUGCCAGGUCAAGGCGAGCUGGCAGGUGAAGCCGUCAUGGCAGCAAGGAGCUCAGAUCCGUCAGGCGAAGACACCUGUUGA